UUUGGAAUUAUGACAACCACAUGACGUUAACGUCUAAUUAUGAAAUGUCUUUUGUUUAUUAUACCACAAAUAUAUUUGUAUAUACGUAUUGGUUCAAACUAGUUUCAAUGUUACUUUAAGCGGUUUAAAGCAUUUUUCGCGUACGCCAGCGUAUCGGGCUCAACUAGACGCCAGACAUAAUACAUUUCUUGACAAUGUCAACGCUUGCUGGAAAGUAUACUCCUAUAGUAACAGCAGGAAACGAAUGGUGAAAUUAGAAAGUCCCCACAGAGCAAGUUAAAAUGUGAGGUUAUAAACCAGGCAGACCCCAUAUAGCCAGACCACUCCUUGCUGUCAAGACGCGCUUCCGUGUUUACGCUCUCACCAAAAAAAAAAAAAAGAAAAAAAAAACACUGGCGGCGGUGGGGCGAAUGUUUACCGAGCAAGCAUCGAGUGGUGGCGAGGGAAGUGACAGUCACACUGGAGCCUUGCUGUAUGGUAAAAACACAGGUGAUCGGCUUCCACGGUUACAUUAUACAGCGUAAUGUUCACACGAAGGGGUCAUGGAGACGUCAAGAAAUCUACACAGAAAGUUUUGGACCCAAAGAAGGAUGUUGUGACUCGGCUGAAACACCUGCGCUCGCUGUUAGAUAUCAUUGACAAGAGUGAGCUGAAGCCCUUCUUCGAGAACAACUGUUCACAGAUUUAUUUUAUCUUGCAUGAAAAUUUCAUUACACUGGAAAGCAACUUAAAGCAAAAAGGGAUCAAAUCUCAACGGGAGGAGCUGGACUCCGUCCUCUUUAUUUUUGAAAAAAUUCUACAACUUCUACCGGAGAAAAUCUACAACCGGUGGCAGUUUCACAGUAUCGGUUCUAUUCUGAAAAAGCUUCUACACACUGGAAAUUCCUUCAAGAUCCGAUGUGAGGGGAUCCGUCUCUUCCUGCUAUGGCUGCAGGCCCUGAGAGACAACUGUGCUGAGGAGCAGUUUCUUAUCUUUGCCUGUCUGGUGCCAGGUUUCCCGGCAGUGCCCUCAUCCAGAGGGCCUUGCACCCUUGACACCAUCAUAUACAACCCCUUCUCUAACCCCCCUGAUGCCAAGGUGGUGCCUGAAGAGAUCACCCCCCUUGUUCCUGCUGUGGUCGGCGAAAAGGUAGCAGAUGACCAGACUUGUUACAUCCUUGAAACCCUGCUCAAGUUCAUGGUUGUCCAGGCAUCCAGUUUAGAGUGGAAGAACAAAGAGAACCAGGAGACGGGCUUCAGGUUUCUCUUCAGCCUGUUCAAGAAGUACUACCUUCCACAUCUAUUCCCCUCAUUCACUAAGCUCACAAAUCUCUACAAGCCGUUAUUAGACCUCCCACACCAUAGACCAAAACCUUUGUAUGUACCAGUGACAAGGAACAAUGAGAGCACCUUCUGCACCAGGGACCAGUACCUGGCACCCCGUGUGGCCUUCAUCACUUGGCUAGUCACCUUCUUCCUGAAGAAGAAGUAUGUCAGCAGUGCUGUGGCAGCUCAAAGCACCAAGAAUGGCACUGAAGUCCUUCCCAAACUCAUCCAGACUGUAACUGCAGGCAGUAGCAGCCAGGAGAAGGAAAAGGAGAAGAUUUUAGACAGUGAUACAAAUGGACCUGCCGGGGAGCCGGAGAAGAGCCACUCCAACAGCAGCACGCUGUCAGACCGACGGGCCAGUGAUUCAAGUUUAUGUAGCAUCGAGGAGGAGCACCGCUACGUCUAUGACAUGGUGCAUGCCAUCCUACUAUCUACCAGGGACAAUGUGAAUUUUGUAAACGAGGUCUUCCACCAGGCUUUUUUGUUACCGUCCUGUGAGGCAUCAGCAACCAGGAAGGUGAUCAAAGUGUACCGAACAUGGAUACUACAGGAGAAGCCCAGCUUUAUGACAGAACCUGACAAAAUUAUACAGGAGGAUGAAGUGGAUGACGGCACUGAGCAGAUUAUUAGCGCAGAGAAUAACAACAUGCAAGCACAGAUAUUGGAGAGUCAUGGCCACAAGCGGUCAUCAAGCUGGGGGAGGACUUACUCUUUCAGCAGUGCCAUCAGUCGAGGCUUCCUCACUGAGGAGCAAAACAGGGACAUCAAAGCAGGCAUACAGCCCACACUACAGGUGUUCCUGACCAACUCUUCAAAUGUGUUCCUCCUGGAGCCAUGCCAGGAUGUACCCAAGCUUCUGGAAAAUCAAGUCGAGGUCUGCAAGUGUGUGCUCAGCAUCUACCGGCACAUGAUCAUGGAGCACACAAUGAACUCACAGACAUGGGAGCAGAUGUUGCAGGUGCUACUGAGAAUCACUGAAGCUGUGAUGAAGAGGCCUUCAGAAAACCAAAGAAAAGACAGCUUUGCUGAAAGUUUGGCGUCUAUACUUUUUCGGACCAUCAUUGUAGCGUGGGUGCGAGCCAACCUCUGCGUAUACAUCUCACGGGAGCUGUGGGAUGAGCUGCUAACAGUGUUGUCAUCCUUGACGUACUGGGAAGAGCUGGUGACAGAGUGGGCCAGCAUCAUGGACUCCCUGACAGCUGUGCUGGCCCGCUCUGUUUAUGGCCUGGACAUGGCCAAUUUGCCACUGGACAAACUCAGUGAACAGAAGGAGAAGAAGCAGCGAGCACGUGGAGUGAUACCGGACUCCCAGAAGGCAGCAGCAGUGGCACGUUCCUUCUCACUAAGUUGGAGAAACCAAGGGGACGUGAGCGGGCCAGGAGUUCAGGAACCAAUGAGAAUUCGCUCUGCCACCACAUCUGGUGCUCCGGGUGUGGAGAAGGCCCGCAACAUUGUCCGACAGAAGGCUUCUGCUAAGCGAAGCCAGUCCAUCAGCAACUGUGUUCACCUAUGCGAGGCUAUGCCCACUACUAAAAGCGUUCCUAUGCUGCUCCACACUGUGAGCUCUUUCUUGCCUGGUGUCUCUUCUGGUAACUCUGCUUGCUCUCACAGACUCUCAGAUGUAGAGGAGUGUCAGCUUUCAGAAUGUGGGGAGGAGCUAGGAGGAGGAGAUGGACCACUCCCACGGAGCAGCAGCACCUCAGACAUAACCCAGCAACUCUCUGACACCUUACAAGCCCAAAAGAGAGAGAACUCGCCUACUUCCUGUGGUUCUGACAGCAGAACCUCUGAGGACAGAAGAGAGAACAGUGAACCCCCAAUGAUCCUGAUCCGGCGAAGCAGCAGUCCCCCUGAUACAGAAGAUAAUUCUUAUGGUUACCAGCAGUACACAAGAGCAAAGCUCAGAGAGAAAAGCGAGAGUAUAAGUAGCGAGACAUCCAACGGCUACCUCAACGAAGCAGAGGUUACCUGGCAGGCCUUUGAGGAGGAGGCUGAUAGUCAGUCCACGCAGUCAACCCAUAUGGAUGUGAUUGCUGACCCACAGAGCCAGGGGAGUCUGCUGCUUAGUCACCAUGAAGCUCUAGCAGGUCCUGAGUGUGCUUUCCCUCCCCACUCUACACCCCCACCCGAACACCUCAACCACUACCACUAUCCUCAGAACCCCCCCGCCUCCCCAGCCCUCAUGGUGCACACUGAGUGCCCGCAGGAUUACCCUCUGGACGACAACAUGCAUCAGUCUGUCUUACAUAUGCCACACCACUUGGACAGUAGCGAGUGCCUGGCUGAUGAUGUCAGCAUAAUUGCUGGUGGGACCCUGACAGGAUGGCAUGCCGAUUCCGCCUUUGUCCUGUGGAGGAGGAUUUUAGGUAUACUUGGAGAUGUCAACAACAUCCAAUGCCCCAAAAUCCAUGCCAAGGUCUUUUCCUAUCUGUAUGAGCUCUGGCAAAAACUGGCCAAGAUCCGAGACAACCUUGGAAUCAGUGUGGACAACCAAACUUCUCCUCCCCAGCCUGCUUUCAUCCCUCCCCUCCGUAUGCUCGCCUCAUGGCUCUUCAGGGCCACCAUGCUCCCAGCAGAAUACAAAGCAGGCAAACUGCAGGCCUAUAAGUUGAUCUGUGAAAUGAUGACCAGGCACCAAGAUGUCCUCCCCAACAGCGACUUCCUGGUGCACCUCUAUCACAUCUUGCACAAGGGCUUCACUAGUGAUGAUCAGGAUGCAUUAAACACCAUCAUUCGUUCCUGCUCUCCACGAUUUUUCUUCCUCGGCCUGCCGGGCUUCACUAUGCUGGUUGGAGAUUUCAUCACUGCUGCUGCCCGUGUCCUCAGCUGUGACUCUUCAGAGGCUCCCAGGAUGGAGGCUCAAACAAUCCUUGGCUCUUUAGUAUGUUUCCCCAACCUUUAUGUCCACAUUCCAGUCCUGCGGAGUGUAGCUGGCUCUGAUGACAUUGUUAUAGGAAAUGAGGAUAUCAAGGAUUAUCUUGUCAACAUCCUUCUUGAGGCCGCAACAAAGGAACACUGUGAACGGGCUAGGUGUAUUGCUGUGUGCAGUCUGGGCCUGUGGGUGUGUGAGGAGCUGAUGCAAGAAAAAAUCCAUGACCAGGUGAAAGACGCCAUCAAUGUCCUUGGAGUAACAUUAAAGUUUGGAAACAAAGCAGUGGCUCAGGUAGCCUCUGACGUGUUUCAGUUGCUCAUCUCUCACUGGGAGCCUCUCCAAAGUUUGGAUCCUACUCUGCCUAAGAAAAUCAUUGAAAUAUUUGUGGCCACAAUAGCCUUUUUGUUGCCAAGCGCAGAGCACUCAACAGUGGAAGCGGACAAAAAGUUGAUGGUGUCCCUGCUGCUUUGUCUAUUGGACUGGUGCAUGGCUGUUCCCUUGAAUCUGCUGUUGGAACCUAUUACCAUGUCUGUGCUGGAGGACAACACAUCCCACAGAGCCCCACUACUGGACUACAUAUACAGGAUGCUGCACUGCUGUGUGUCAGGCUCGACACUCCACACGCAGCAAAGCCACUACCUCCUCAGCCUAGCAGACUUGUCCACAGACUACGACCUCAUGUUGGGACAGGUUAAGAGCUUUGAGCCGCCGCCUUCCCAGCCAACCACCACAGACUUUGGCAGCUUGCUCACCGUAGCAGAGGAAAAGCGUCGCCGAAGCAUGGAGCUGAUUCCCUUGACAGCACGGAUGGUCAUGACACACCUGGUGAAUCAUUUGGGCCAUCAUCCUCUGAGUGGAGGCCCUGCCCUUCUUCAUAGUCUAGUGAGCGAAAAUCAUGACAAUCCAUACGUGGAGUCCUCAGAGCUGUCCUCAGAGGUUUUCAAAAGCCCCAAUCUACAGCUGUUUGUGUUCAAUGACACCACACUGGUGUCCUACCUGCAGAUCCCCACUGAGACUCCCUCUGUCGGAAAUCCUCCUCACCUCUCCUCCCAGGUGCGCGUCAUUGUCCGUGACAUUUCAGGCAAAUACUCAUGGGAUGGGUCAGUUCUGUUCUCUACAAGUCAGGAAGACUCUGAGCAUAUUGAAGUUUUUAAUUCAGUGGAUCACACACUUUUGACAACCACUAAUGCCACACAUAGCAGUUGUUGUUCUCCAACAAGAGGACCGUCCAAGUAUCAUUCCUCUGGCUCAGAUGCCCUCUCUGACUUGUGCGAUGUGGAAGAAGUGGAUGUUCUCGAUAAACUUUUGGAGGAACUUGGCCAGACCAGCCCAGAAUGUCUGCCCCAGUCUCAGCUCAAGCUAAAUCAGCCAGCCCCAUCACCCUCAGGCAUGAACUUGGAGCAAGAGAGCGCCAUCCUUAGUGCCAUUCUCCGCCAGACUCAGCAGGAAGAAGAGCAGGUGAGGAGGUGGGACGCUGAUGUCAGCUUUCGGGCUGCCUGCCAGAGAGAACCAUCCCACCAGGAGCCCAAAGCACCUUUUUAUUUUUGUCGGCUGCUGCUCAAUGACCUUGGAAUGAACUCUUGGGACCGAAGGAAAAGUUUCCAUUUGCUGAAGAAGAACUCCAAACUUUUGAGGGAACUAAAGAACUUGGAUUCCAGACAGUGUCGAGAGACUCACAAGAUCGCUGUUUUCUACAUUGGUGAAGGCCAAGAAGACAAGUGCUCCAUCCUGUCCAACAGUGCCGGAAGCAAGGCUUAUGAAGACUUUGUAUCCGGACUUGGCUGGGAGGUGGACCUAGCCACACACUGUGGCUUCAUGGGGGGCCUCCAGCGGAACGGCAGCACAGGUCUAACUGCUCCGUACUAUGCUACCUCCACUGUGGAAGCCAUCUUCCACGUCUCUACGCGUAUGCCAUCUGAUUCUGAUGACUCCCUCACCAAAAAGCUGCGUCACCUUGGAAAUGACGAGGUACACAUUGUGUGGUCAGAGCACACCAGGGACUACCGGCGUGGCAUCAUUCCAACGGACUUUGGAGACGUGCUGAUUGUCAUUUAUCCGAUGAAGAACCACAUGUAUUUCAUCCAGAUCAUGAAGAAACCACAGGUUCCCUUCUUUGGGCCUCUAUUUAAUGGUGCCAUCAUCAAUGGGAAGCUACUGCCAAGCUUAGUGCGGGCCACUUGUAUCAAUGCCAGCAGAGCUGUCAAGUCCCGACUGACACUCUACCAGAGUUUCUAUGAAGAAAGGGCCCUCUACUUGGAAGCCAUUGUCCAGAAUCACAGGGAGGUCAUGACAUUUGAAGACUUUGCCUCACAGGUGUUCUCUCCCUCCCCUGGCUAUCCAACGAGCGGGACAGCGUGCAGGCGUUGGCCGGGGAUGGUUUGGGACAUGGAAUACCCCUGGGCCAAACUGGACUUCAUUGACCUCCACACUCCUCCUUCUCCUCACCUUGGAACUUCAAAGCAACAUCAGAGCUUCCUGCAUGAAUUAAAAUUUCUUAACGGUCCAAAUUCUGUAUAUGAUGAAGGUUCCCUCUCUAGCAGCACAAACACUGAAGUCUCCGCCUCCUCCUCUUCCACCACCGCUGCAGCAUCGACAGACCCUGUUGACCAGGUUUCUCCCACCAUGCCCCGUGCCGCAAAGAACCGAGUUUCUGGAAAGCUCCGCCGAUCAGCGAGCGCGAUAAGCAAAUCGUCCAACUGAUUUCAAAUACAGCAAUGUAAUUCUUGAAGAGCCACGACUGCAAGAACGUCGCAGCUUGUUUUUGUUGUGUUUUUUUAAUCUCAUGUCAUCCAUAACUGGAGGGCAAUGCAAUGUUUAAUUUAAGUGGUAAUCAGUCAGUUUGUUGGGACAUUUCCUCUUCAAGAUGAACAUGAGCCAUGUGUUCAGCCACUUUGACUGUGGUGUCUUUAAGAAAUGUGAGAAGUGUCAUUUUUUUUACUUGUCUCCUCUAAUGCGUUUGAGGAAGAAUGCUUUCUUGGAAAUGGGAGCCUGCUUUUCCUUUCACUCCUUUAUUGCAACUCUUAAUGUAACACAGCACUGAUGCCAUAGAUCAGGCAGCUUGACUUACAUUUAUUCUGCCUUUCCCCUUCCCCACUUUUAUUUUUGCAUUGGUGUUGAAGGUGCCACAUGAGCAAAGUGGGCCCCUCAGCACCAUCUGCCAACAAGUAGAGUGGACAAUCACUGACAUCUUUCUAACUUGAGCGGAACUGAACGUUGUCGCGAUGCUUUUUUUUUUUUUAAUCACUAAUUUUCCUUUUGUAAACAGAUUCAAAUAGAUUGUGUCGUGAUUUGAUUUAUGCAACUCUGCUGGAAUGAGAAAAGACUGCGUUUGUAAUUGCAUUGUGAUGUUGUUAACAUAGGCUUGUGUCCGGUAAUUGAAUAAGUCCCUCCUGUCUCUUUCCUCCUCGAUUAGUUUCCCUGUCCUGACAUCGACAUUCCAACAUUCCGCCCAUUGAUUUUUUUGUUUCUUUGAACAUUUUCAUUUUCCCUUUCAUUAACUAGCAUUGAAUGUUGUAUGCGUAUCGCUUUAAAAGUUAUGUUUCUUAGAUGUAAAUAGAGAGUCCUAUUUGAUUAAUUAUUUUUGCUGUUGUGUUGUCCAAUAUGUUCCUGUGUAUUGUAAAACUACCGCAAGAGCCUCAGGUGAAUCUUUACGCCAUGCACUGAUGAUUCUUUGUGUGUGUGUGUGUGUGUGUGUGUGUUUGUGAGAGUGUGAGACAUUUUCUCCCAGUGCCUGUGUAAUGUCUGUCCGCCGUGUGACACAAAACAUGGACACCCUUUUGUCAUGAGUGUGUUUCCUUCCCAUGUGACCCUCAACAAAAACAACAGCAGAUGGAUUUCCAAUGGCGGCUUCUCUUAAUUAUAGGUGCUACGCCUCUCCCUCUUGUCUUUACCUGUGAAUGGAAUCAAGUGCGUCUCCUCCUCCUCCCCAUAAUCGUCUUUGCACCAUGUCUCCACCAGGUUGAGUUUGGCUUGGCAUGCCUGAGGUGAACACUCCCAGCCUUCCUAGCAACGGCCGGGCUGGCACUCUCACCUCUCCCAAGCUGCUCAGGUUGCCAUGGCAGCCAGGUGUUUCCCCACAUACAUAGGUACCCUCUGAGGGCAACGUUAUCCUCACCUGGUCACAUUAAUAUGCCUUACUUUUCCACUCCUACUCCUCCAUGCACGUCUCAGCUGUUAUGUUUGCUCAUGUGGGAUACAAACACAAGGCUGGAGAGAUGUUUGUGCUCGUUCUGUUUGGAAGAAUGUAUAAAUCAAUACAAUGGAUCUCGGUCACAUUGAGGGUUUUUAUUCCACUUGAAAUAACUAUCUAAAGAUUGCAGUUUAGUGAUGUCUGUGCACUAGUGAUUGCAGGUGGACCAAGAUUGAAACCAUUGUCUUUUGUGAUGAAAAUGACUUCUUAGAUUUCCCACCUUUUCCUCCUCUUGGUUCUCUUUUUAGCAUUCCUUGUAUAUGGUGUCAAAUUUGAACUUUAAUAUAUAUGAAUGCCUGUAAUAUCUUUUUAUAUAAGAGCACACAGGGAUUUAAAGAAAAAAAAGUUGAGGAUUUCAGCAUCUCGUCAACAUAUCAGAUUGUUUUUAAUGCCCUGCUAUCUUUAUUAGAAAUGUGAACACUGGAACAUUUCAUUAAAUGCAAUUUGAAAUUGUA